AUGUCGGAAGCACAAGCGCCGCCGCUUCACAAAAGAUCAAAGAGCGCCGUGACUCGCGCACUGCAGCGCAUUUCGAGUCGGCAAGAAACGCCCACCCUCGCAUCCUUGUCUACGGCUCAGACUCAGGACUCCGAGUCCAACAUGUCCAGUCCUGUCGACGGCGGCGCCAAUGGCAGCAGCGCCUACCUGUCGCCCAACAGGACCUCCGUCCAGUCCAGCCAUCGCCCGCAUCUGUCGACCACAAUGUCCAACGCUCAGGUGCCUACUUCGCCCACGAAGGACACCUCGCCGAUUACCCCGAGCAGCGCGACCCAGGGUGCAUCCAUCGAGCAGAGCGUGCGAUUGUUCAAGGUGUUUGAAGCGCUGCGGAAUGGAGACACGGCGGCAAUAGCAAGGGCAAGCAAGGCCGAUGGGCAGCUUGAGGGCACUACAAUCUUACACUUGGCGAUUCAAUGCGCAGAGGUACCUGUCAUCGAGUACGUCCUGUCGCAAAGCGAUGCGGACGUCAACGCGAAAGACAAGGAUGGCAACACGCCCCUCAUCGUGGCUGCAUCAUUGGGACGUGCGCCGGUUGUGAAGCUAUUACUGGAGCAAAAGGACAUCAACGACUCUUUCGCGAACUAUCAAGGCAAGACAGCGCUGGAUGUGGCUAGGAAUCCGGAAAUUUUUCAACUGCUGCAGCUGGCAAGGUCGGUCUUCAUCGACAGCACCGUUCGCCAGAUCCACCAGCUCGUCGCAGGCGGGGACCACGAGACUCUGGAGCAGUUGCUGAAUGACACCCGUGUCAAGUCCACCCUCGACAUCAACGGACCCGAGCUCGCGACGGAACCGGCCACGGCGGCAGAUGGCGGCAGCUUGCUCCACGAAGCGGCACGCAAGAAGGAUCUCAAGCUCGCACAACUACUGCUCCUCAGUGGAGCCGACCCUUUCCGCCGCGAUCGCAAAGGCAAACUUCCACAGGAGUACACGAAAGAUGAGCGCACUAGGGCGAUCCUCAAGAAGUCGCCGGCGGCUGCGGCUGCACAAAGGCAGAUACAAGAGAAGACGAUUCUAGGGGAAGGCGUUCAAGCGGGAGGUAUCCCCACGGCAGAUGGAGGACCAGGAAGCAAAGAGAGCCGUGAGAUCAAAGGAUAUCUCAAGAAGUGGACAAACUACACGUCUGGCUACAAGCUUCGGUGGUUCGUGCUUGAGGAUGGCGUACUCUCGUAUUAUAAGCAUCAAGAUGAUGCUGGCAGUGCUUGCAGAGGCGCUAUCAACAUGCGCAUUGCUAAGCUGCAAAUGGAUCCCAAGGACAAACUGCACUUUGAGAUUCACGGCAAGAGCUCUGUUAAGUACGACUUGAAAGCGAACCAUCAAGUCGAAGCGAAACGAUGGUUCUGGGCGUUGAACAAUGCCAUCCAAUGGGCGAAGGAUGAGGCGAAGGAAGAGCACAAGAGAGAGCAGGAAGAACAACAUGUCCGACAUAACCACCUUGAAAGGCUCAGGACCCGGGAGGCCGAUGUGGCAUCAAGUGGAGAUUCGCUGAAGCCCGCGACAGCGGUUGGACUCAGCACUCCAGGGCAAUCGACACCUGCAGGCACGUCACUUGGCGAUCAAUUGAGCGGUUAUGCGCAAAGCGAAGCCGAUGCGGCGUCUGGGCAUCUGAGGACGAUCAGCCGAACCAAUACAGCGACAAACAUCGAUGGUGAUCUAGAUGACGAUGACGAAUAUGGCGAUGAUGCUAGCAGUCAUGAGGUUCGACCAGCAAACAAGGAUGCGUUCAGCAUCACGGCACAAUCUGCUAAGCUCCAGCUUGAUCUUCUUGAGCAAGUGUCUGCAGCACUCCAAGUCGAAAGACAGAAGAACCCGGAACUGCAAGUUGGUAGUGCCACUGUCGACCAGGCGCUGGCCUCUUACGAAACUGCUGUCGGAAACCUCAAGGGUCUUCUCAUGGAUCUUCUACGGAUUAGUCGCGAUCACGAAGCUUACUGGCAGUACCGGGUAGAGCGAGAGCAGAAUAUCCGCCGGCUGUGGGAAGACAGCAUGGCCAAAGUUGCGCGUGAGCAAGAAGAGUUGGAGAACCGUAUCGGCGAGUCUGAAGACAAGCGGAAGAGAACCAAGAGAGCACUUAAGGAGGCUCUCGAUGGUCAACUCUCUGCUUCGGCUCAGGCGUCGACUCCUCAGCCGAACGGCGAACAGACUACUUCCAAGGCUCUGCUCGACAUCCCACCCGAAGCUACCAAGGUCCAGCGAAGAGCCACGAUAGCAGAGUUGACCAACAAUGAAAUCUCUGACGAUGAGACUGAGGACGAGGAAGAGUUCUUUGAUGCAGUUGACGCCGGCGAGGUAGAGAUAUUGGAAGAGAUGCCUAGUCCACCUAUCAAGUCACCUGAAGUGGAAGUGGAGCCUGUCAUGGAGGCUGCUCUCGACGGUGUGAACGAGACAGUCGAGUCGGAGCGAAAGCAGAAGGAGAUGGAGAUCUCAAAGUCCUACAAGGGCUACGAAGACGGUAUCAGGAAGAGGUACAAGAUUGACGCUGACAACCGGCCGAAGGUGUCACUUUGGAGCAUUCUCAAGUCCAUGAUUGGCAAGGACAUGACCAAGAUGACCUUGCCGGUGUCAUUUAACGAGCCCACCUCUCUGCUGUACCGUGUCGUGGAGGACAUGGAGUACACCGACCUUCUCGAUAUCGCCGCCGACCGCCACGACUCUACCGAACGUCUCGUAUACGUUGCAGGCUUUGCGGCAUCCGAGUAUGCUAGCACCAUUGGACGUGUUGCGAAGCCUUUCAACCCUCUGCUGGGAGAAACCUACGAGUAUGUCCGUCCGGAUCUUGGCUACCGUUUCUUCAUCGAGCAAGUCUCGCAUCAUCCACCUGUUGGUGCUGCUUAUGCAGAAUCGCCGAAGUGGACCUACUAUGGAGAGAGCGCAGUCAAGUCGAAGUUCUACGGCAAGUCUUUCGAGUUCAACCCACUUGGCACAUGGUUUCUCCACAUUCGUCCCGCAAAUGGAGCACCGGAAGAGCUCUACACAUGGAAGAAGGUGACUUCGAGUGUGGUUGGCAUCAUCACUGGCAACCCAGUUGUCGAUAACUAUGGGCCUAUGGAGGUCAAAAACUGGACGACCGGCGAAGUGUGCUACCUCGACUUCAAGGCAAAGGGCUGGAAAGCUUCGUCAGCCUUCCAAGUUACUGGCAAGGUUGUCGAUGCGGAUGGCAGGACCCGAUGGAGCAUGGGCGGACGCUGGAAUGACAAGAUCUACGCGCGUCUCACGCCUGGCUACGAGGCGGCUGUGGGACCGCCUGAGGAGGGCAAAGACAAGUCUAACCAGGCAUUCUUGGUCUGGGAAGCUCACUACCGCCCGCCGCCUGGCGAGAUCCCAUUCAACGUCACGCCCUUCGUGGUGACACUCAAUGACUUGCCGGAUCGUCUCAAGCCUGUUGUCGCACCUACCGAUUCUCGUCUCCGGCCCGACCAAAGGGCCAUGGAAGAGGGCGAGUACGACUUCGCGGCGACUGAGAAGAAUCGUGUCGAAGAGGGACAACGUGCUCGUCGCCGCAUUCGCGAAGCCAAAGGCGAGGAGUUCGCCCCUCGUUGGUUCACCAAAGCCAAGCACCCUAUCACGGGAGAAGAUUAUUGGCUGUUCAACUAUGAGUACUGGAAGGUUCGUGACCAAGUCGCGAACGGCGAAAAGAAGUGGGAGGAUGAGCGGUUGGAGGAGGUAUUUUAA